AUGGAGAAUGUGGCUUUCUGCUGCUCCCUGAUCACCCCACAGCGUGUCCAUGUCAUAGGAAAAAUCCAUUUAGCAAAAGACAUCAACGUCAGCGGCCCCUCACCACCCGCCUCCCAGCGCCAGCUGGAGAGAGGAAAGCUGUCAUAUAGGAAGAAAUCGGGGCAAGAGGGCUGCAUGGGGCUGCUCGGUGGACCCAAGCCUGAGUGUUACGCCUCGUCAGCUGAUGUGCCCACCUCCGGCUGCGGUCCCUCCUUAGAACUGCCCUUGCCCCUAGGGACUGCCUUGCCCAAGGCUGGCCCUUCUAGGAGCUCCCUAAGGUACUACAAGAUCUCCGUGAUUCUCAUGUGCUUUGUGGUGCCCACACUGGUGCCCUGGUGCGCCUGGGGAGAGAGUCUGUGGAAUGCCUACUUCCUGGCCUCCAUCCUCCGCUAUGCCGUCUCCCUCAAUGUCACCUGGCUGGUCAAUAGCGCUGCCCACAUGUAUGGAAAUCGGCCCUACGACAAGAACAUUAGCCCUCGGCAGAACCCGCUUGUUGCAGUGGGCGCCAUCGGCGAAGGCUUCCACAACUACCACCACACCUUCCCCUUUGACUACUCGGCGAGCGAAUUUGGCUUGAAGUUCAACCCCACCACCUGGUUCAUUGACGCCAUGUGCUUGCUGGGGCUGGCCACCGACCGCAAGCGGGCACCCAAGCCAAUGAUCGAGGCCCGGAAGGCCAAGACUGGAGAUGGAAGCACUUGAACCUGGAGCCGCCACCCCGGUGUCCUGGCCACCUCAGCUCACAGCUUUUGUUACUAGGGUUCUCUGGUUUGUUGGCUCAUGGGAGGGGGCGGGGGGUGGGAGGGACCGGGAUCUAUGUGGUUUGGGAAGUUGUUUGUCUCGAGAUAAUGUGGAGAUCCAACUAUCAGUGGAAACACAUUUUAAGUCAGUAUUUCUGUGAUUUAACGUUAGAGUAUGGCCAUGUGAUUUAGUCGCUGUAGAUACAAUGUGUCCAAUAGAUAUUGUCAUGUGCUUGUACAUGACCUUAACCCUGAGGGCAUGGAGGAGUUUAACAUUCUCUCAGUGUGAUUCAAGAGAGCACUGGCUUCCUUUUCUACCAAUUAACCCAGCUUUGCUUUUAAACACAUACUUGCUGAAGGAGCAGAGAGCCAGGGUGGGAGACAGAAGAGGGGUCCCUGUGGUAACUAAAGAAUGUUUCUGUUUGUAAUUAUUGCGUGUGGGUGGGCUUUGUAUUUGUUUUAGAGAAUUGAGCACUUUAAAACCGAGGAAGCAGGAAACAGCUCUUGUAUUUUUUUUUUUUUUUUUUUUGCCCUUUUUACCGCUUGUUCAGGCCCCGCAAUCUUUGCUUCAACAGAUUCGUUUGCUGCCCAGCUAGUCUCACGUCCCCAGCCUGUGCCUGGCCCACCCUUGAAAUCAGUGCCUGCUCAGAUGUUUGAUUUUGUUCUCUUUGCUAUUGUCAUUUUAAAGGUAUAUAACUCAGACAUGCCAGACAUCAAAUUAAGUGCAAAUCAAGCUCUCAUUUAAAUGUUUAGACACCUAAUUUAUAUCCUAAUUGAGCCCAGCCACUGAUGCAUGUACUUUACUUCUGCUAAAUAAGUGUAUUAAUUUUCCACACCAGGUCAUCAGAUCUUAGUAACUGACAGCUGUCCUGAAUUCUAUGUCUACUAAUGUUUCACCUGCAUGCAGCCUUCCUUGAUUUUGUGUCAAAAUAUAAAAUGAUCAUUAUGUAGCUUCUGGAUUAAGAAACUUUUUGUGUCAAUUUGUCUUGUAAAGAGCAUGUUGAAUUAAUGGGUCGCGUGCCCUUUGUGUUAGAUAUUAGAGCAAAAGAAAGACCUUAUAGUGUUGGUGUUGGAGCACUUGGAAGGUAGGUAUUUUCAGGAAAAAAGUAGGAUUUAAAAUCUAAAUUUUAGAAAAAGAAAUGAUGCCAAUUAGAAAUUGUCCUAAUGAAGUUCUUCAUCCAGCAGGUGUUAAACAGUAUUAGUUUUGCCAUUAAUAACAUGUCAGCUAUGAGUGAUUUACAAUAAAUGAUUACAAAUCCGUGA